AUCUUGCCAUUAGGUCUACAUAUAACCACCUCCCUCCACGGCUGCCGGGAAACUGGCCACCACUUCCGCACACUACACUCGCUGCACCGCUUCUACGCACAUCAUGUUGUCUCGGCUCCUUUGUGCGCUGCUGCUGGCCCUGCUUGCCGCCCCAAGCCACGUCUUCUCCUUCUCCUGCGGCGCAACAACGAGCCACAAGUCCUGCACCACAGAAUGGGCAAAGACCAAGUGCUGGAAUGUCGAGACCGUUGCAUCCCCCCAUUCCAUUGUCACAUCCAAGUCUAUAGUAACGGUAACGGAGUCUCCAACUACGACGGUUACCCCUGCGCCCGUCACCGUUGACUUCUUUACUACGACGAGCGUAAGCGGCAGCACUACCACGGCCACCGUUACGUCUACGACUACGACGAUUAUAUUCAAAUACUUCACUUCUCCUCCUACUACUACGACUGUUUGCGAGAACCUCAAUACGCCUCCGCCUAAGCGCGAGGAAGCGACGCAUAAAGGGGGCAGACACGCCUGGCCCUCUCGAGUGAUAUGCCACAUUACGGGAACGACAGACGUAUGCGAUACGACGACGACGACGGCGCCGACGAAAACGGUAACCGCCGCCGCGUCUGCCAUCGACACGACCGAGACCGUUACGACUACGAUUCAGAUCACCAGGACUGCAACCUCUCUGAUCACCGACUCAUCCACCUAUCCUCUUCCCGUCGGAGGGACGAUCAUCACCAUAUCAACUACCUGCGCUACUUGAUCGUGGUAGGAUGCCGACUUAGAGUCCGGUCGAUCUGGCGCCGCAUACCGAAAAAGUCCCCUUGAAGCGGAAGGGGAGAUGGGUGCACUUGUGUAGACUACUGGAUUGCUUGCUUCUUGUUUUCCUUUCUUGCUUCUGUCGAGUACAGGAUUAAUACACAUCGAUGCCUCGCACCAUCGCACUACCGCACAUAACUUCUUGC